AUGCCAUCAUGCGAUUCCCCAGUCAAACUUGGUAAAACAUGCACUACUGGCAAACCAGUGGUUAAAUGGUAUUAUGACACGAAAAUGUUAUACUGCUAUCCAUACAAAUAUUUGGGUUGCGACGAAGGCUCGAACUCGUUUGCGACUCAGGACGAAUGUUUUUCAAUGUGUAAACCAGCUGAUCAGGUGUCCUGCGGUGGAAAUACGGAUAUUUUGGGAAACUGUUCGCCUCAUGAUGGUGGUGAUAGCUGUCCAGCCGGACAAAUAUGUGUGAAUGGAGGAAAUAUUGGAUUGUGUUGCGAUAAAAAAAUUCAAGAAGCGUGGGAUCUUGAGCAAUCACCAAAAUGCAAACAAGGAAGUCCCGUGCAGAUUUCCGUAUGGUACGGCAAGACCCCACUAAUUGGACGCAAUUGCUCCCAUAGGUUCUGUCCAGAUGAUUCGAAAUGCAUUCAAGGAAAAUGGACUGCACAUUGCUGCAAGUGA